UAUCAGAACAAGUAGGUGGGGGAAUAGAAAUUUUACUUGGAAACUGGCUUAUAAUAGCCAAGAAGAUUAGGAGACGCCGACUCUUGUAAUAAUUGGGAUUUCAAAGGUGUUACCUAUUUGUCUGAUAAAAGCUGGUCCCAGGAAGAUUUUUGGUGUUGGCCCACUAAAAGUGGGUAUGGUGAUUUCCGGGGUGACGGUCGCAGCAAGAGAAGGAAUUCAAUGCAAUAGUAUCAAAUUUACCAAACCCGGGUAUGUGAUGGUGUGAGCCAUGCCAGGGAACACCAGGGAUGCAUAUUGGAAACAACAGACGAAGGACCAAAGAACACAGCAGAUUUUGGGUGUUGGAGUGUUGAGAACAAGCCCUUCUAAAGACAGUGACUUAAGUUUGGAGGUCCAAGGUGAUCAAACUCCGAAUUUGAGAGAUGAGGUCAAGCAGGUACGAAGAGGAGUGUCAAAAUGGCAAACUCCAAAACAAGAACCUGCAUACCGCAGCGAUCCCAAUGGAAUGGAAUCUGAAAAGAUUGAUUUCAUCCCAAAAUCUGCUGAAGGUCUGCAGGAUCAGUCAGGUUGUGGUCCUGUAGCACAAUUCUGGAACCAGUUUAGAAACGUACUCUGCUGUGUCCUUACCUGUGGAAAAUACAAACCAGAAGCUGAUAUCGGUGUCCCUUGUGUCUGCAGCUCUGAAACAUCUACAGACCCGCCUGAUUCUGAUCACCCAAUCCUUGUACGUCAAGAUCGUAGUACUCUUGACACUGAAAUCAACUCUGGCAAAAUUAAAAAGCCUGUUAAUGGUAACAGCUUUAAUUAUCCUGAUGUUCGCUUACAUGGCAAGCCAGUCUCUGUUAAUACAUCUCCAAGUCAGCAGUCUAACAUAACUAACAGAGGGACCUUUCAAGAUGCAAUACUACGAGAUAGCUUGGAAAAGCCACCCAAGUCCAACAGCCCUCCCAGCUCUGUGGAUUUUUCAUACCCAGAUCAGGAGUCUGAUAACAAACUGAGUGGAUCUAUGUCCAGUGCUGAAAUAGAUAACUUGAUCAUGAAGAAACUACUGGAACUCUUUAGCAACCACCAGAUUGACGAGCUGGCUAAAUGUACUUCAGACACUGUAUUCUUGCAGAAAACCAGCAUGAUCUCUGAACUUAUCAGUAGCAUUACCCAUGAUUAUAGUCUGGAUGAAGAGGAUGCAGAAUGUCGUUUGGUGCAAGGGGUCAUUAGGAUUAGCACACGAAAACCCAAGUCCAAGAACCCCAAGUCUAAGUCUGAUUCUGCAUACACCUCUGUCAGUCCAGCCCAGAAAGGCAGCGAUCAAGCCAGUAGCCCUAACUUACCAGACAGUGGUAAUGAAACGAUGAAAGAUUCCUUUAUCAGUAGCCAAGGUCUGGAUGUACAAAUAUCUGAUGAAACUACAUCUGAUGUGAAAGCACGGAAUAUGAGGCCGUACACCACACCUCCAGGCUCUCCAUUUGGGAAUGACUCUCUGCAGAAUACAGAAACGGAAUCUUCCAGUACACCAUUAAUCAAAGUUUACUGCUAAGAUGCCACAGUUCAACUUGUCUAACAGACACUGAAAGCUUGUAUACAAUUGACAAGUCUCCUCACCACUCAGCAGUAGAGAAGAGGAUCAGCUGUUGAGCAGUGUGAUAUUUGGUAGGAUUUGAGCUGGUGAACAUGUGCCCUCAGAAUGAAGUUGAUGUGGUUUACUGGAUGACAAUUUGAGUCUUAGCACUCUGAACAUUAUUAUGGCUUUUCCUUUUACCUCGGUUAUUCACAAUAAGAAUAACUUGAUCAGACGUCAAAAAAAGAGUUGCAAUACAAGACAUUUCAAAAUCUGCUUUGUGUAAUGAAUUGGCAAUUUAUUGGUGGUCUGAACACAUUGGAGAAAAGUAGUGUUUCUCACCACAGACAUGCAGCUUGCUUUUGUGCAAACUGGUUUGUACAUAGGAUUGUCUAUUUGUGGGAAUGGUUUUCAUAUUUUUGCAAAAUGCUGACAUCUUUGUUUUAAUUGAUGCUAGAUAUUUGUAUUGAUCUAUAGUUUUUGAGCAGUUUCUACUAAUUUGUAGCAAUAUUGUUUCCAAAAGAGCAGGGCUGUGAUGGAUUGAAUUAGAACCUCAGUUAAAUGAGGGGGAAGGUACUGUCUUUAUAUGUCGAAGAUGUUUUUUAAUUUUUUUAACUUGCUUUUACUUUUCACAUGUGCUGUUUUCAAGCCCCGCUUCUAAAAAGUGACAGCAUUAUUUCAUUCACUACCAUAUCUGCUGUCCUUGACAGUGUUGUGCAUAUCCAUUCAGCCAGCAUUCUGUCAGCUUCAUGACCAUAAAAGCAGAGCUUCUCAGUAACUUGCAUCUUUGGUCCAUUAUCUGUUUGCCAUACAUGAAGUAAACUUUGCUACAUUUAAUCACAAAUGGUCACUUUGUCAACUGAAUAAGAGUUAAUAAAAUAACCCAUGCUUCAUUUUUUUUUUUUAUAGUUUGUGUAUGUUAUGUCGUACCAUUUGUAAUAUGAAGUUGUAGGUCCAUAGAACCUGUAUUGGUCCACUUUAUUGUGGUGUACUAAAGAGUCACUUACAGCAGAGGGCACUAAACCUGCAUUUGAGUGCUACUGUCACUGUUUCAGUAUGCAAAGGUACAGCAAUGUGCAAGAUUUUUCAGAUUUUUAAUUAAGCAGCCAUUUAAAACUUUUAGCCUUUUAUUCUUUUGUGUUUUCUUUUGUGAUUGCACUAGUUAUUUUUCAUUUAAUUUGUGUUUUUAAGCUUUUCAUAUUUCUUUGGCAUCAGACUAUACUAGGGCAUUACCAAAGUUCAGUACCACUGUAUACACAGGGAAGAGUAUCUUGUACCUUACUAGUAAAAUCCAACCCACUGUUUUAUAACUUGAGAAAUUACCAGAGAUGUAGUGGUAGAUGAGUUUCUAGCCAUGAUGGUAGCUUACUUUACCUGAGAAGCACCAGAAAGUCCGUAGUUCUGGAACAGUCUGUUGGCUUGCAUGGCUAGCACCUGAAUUUCCCCAAAUCUGCUUGAGUGAAUUGUUCACAGACCAACUUUAGUCUACCACUGUUUUAGUGAAAUACUGUAUGUAACCCUUAAAUUAUGCCUGUACCCCAUUGUAAAUAUGGCCACCAUUUCUUAUUUAGAAGUUACAAGCCUGCAGUCUUAUCAGUGUUUGUUUGAUCUGUUUGCAGUUUUCUUUGUGUAUUGCAUUGUCCUGUUCCUUGGUGGGCACAUGUUUAGUCUACGUCAGAGCUGUGAUAAGGGCUGAACUUUGUUCGGACAAAAUCAACAGCUUUGACAGGGUUAGGUAUUGCAUGCUUAAUUUCCCUGGUGUUUAAAAUGACUUGGUGGUCUUUUCUGUGUGUUAUUGGCAAGGAUUGGGCCAUUUCUGUAAACAUAUUCACAGGUGAUCAUCUAAUGUUGCCUUUUUUAUUGCCUUCUGCUAAGUGCCAGAUAUGUCCUACCUGCCUCUCCAAGUAUUAGUAUUUUAACCUGGGUAUUACUAGUCUAUUUAUCACCUUCUAGGAUCAUGUAGGGUUUAUCAUCCUGAUAGUCAUGUUUGCAGUCUGCAACCAAACCCUUUUAACUUCACUGCUACAGAAGUGCAAAGGAUAACUUUCAUGAGUUUUUAUAAAAAUCAAAACUGUUGAAUUCUUCCCCAAGGCCAUUCAUUGUGAGCUUAGCUGACUUUUUGCUUUGCCUGAGGUUCCAGAAAGGCACCCAUGUACUAAUCAACUUUAUUAGCUAAUACAGAAGUUUUCUACAAAUUAUUGUACUUGUCUUAGUUUUGAUGGCACUGCAGAGUUAAUAGCAUUUCACUGAAUGCCAAGUAGUGAUUUUAUGUUAAUAGCUCAAUCAUCUUUGCAAACUUUUUUGUUUUAUCUGAUGUGGCUAAAUAAGGCACUUCAGUUCUGCAUUAUGCCCGACCUAAAGUGUAUCUAUCCACAUCAUUCUUGUUUAACUGCUUUUGGUAUCACUAUGAAACGUUUCACUGCAGGAUGGACUCUUGAAGCAGAGAGAGGGAGGGUGUGUUUAAAAUGUUUUAAAACUGAGUGUAAUUGGCUUAUGAUUUUUUUUCUGUGUAUAAGCUGUUUUUGAUAGCAAUAAGCAUUGUAAUGGCGGUUUCAGUUUGAGUUACUGCAGACAGACUGGAUUUUUCUAAAUGAAGGCACAGUAUUUGAAGGAAAGAGAAGGGAGAUGGGAUGGGCUACCCCUCUUACCAGUCUUCACCAGAGAUGCACCAAGAAUAAUUAAAAAAAAAAAAAAAAAAAAAAAAAGAAACCAGGUAGUCAUUUCUGCAGAGGAUGUUCAAUUGUAACACUCUUUAACUUCAUUAAAGUAUUUUAUUCUUACGGACACUUGACACAUACGAAGGUGGAGGAACAAACCAGUAUAUAUAUUGAGCUUGGAUGGACAUUAUCCUUAAAUGUAAACUUUACCAGUGAAGUGCGACUCACUUAGAUUUGCGUUGGGGAAGGGGGAUUUAGCCCAGAAGCUGUCUCACUUUGUUAUAGUUUCUGUGGGUUUGUGUAAUACAAAUGCUUUCUUAGAGUAUUUGAAUUAAGAAACCAGAGCAAUAAGCCAGGAUGGUGUAAGAUGUUUGGUAUAACUUUUAAUUGCUUUUUGGCUUAUCCAUUUAAACUGGUUUCUGGUGUCAGGUUAAUCGAAGUGUGCAGUAUUGCAAACUUUUGUUUUGAAGCAACUGUAGGUACUUAGUUUUUGAGCUUAAGAUGCAUUCCUUUUGAAUAGUGUAUACUUUACAGUCGUACUGUAGAUUGGUAUAGUUGCUGAGAAGCGUAAUAUGCGAGUGCUGUCUCUGCUGUAAUUGUCUACAUAGUACAUAGUUCAUUAGGGUAAAGCUGCUAGUGAAAAUCUGCUAACAUGUUGGGUAUCCCAUUUUGAGAGCAAUCAUUUGUGUAAUGCAAGUGUCUGUUGUGCCACUUUAUUUUAUGUGCAAUCGAAAGCUUUGUUUCACUUUAAAUGUUUUUUUCUCAUUUGUCAACAUUUGAUCAUUUCUUUUUAAUUCAUGUUUAGAUGCGUUCUGUACUUCCACUGCUUCAGUAUGUUGCACCCCAGGAUUUCUAUAGUGGAGUUUAUUUUUGUCACCAAUAUAAUCUUCUGUUCUUUGUGUCUUGAAUUGAAUUUUGUAGUUUUUUUUUUUUUUUUUACAUUAGAAGUACUUUCUACAGUUACUAAAGAAACCAACUUCUCCUCCCAGACAGUAAUGCAGGUAUGGUUCCUGUAUUGCAGUUUCUAUUUCUUCAGAAAAUAAAAUACAUAUAUACUGUAGAUAGUCUAUGCAGUAUUCAUGGUCUUUAAAAUACAGAUGGCUCAGGUUAAUGUCAGUUUUCCCAUUUUGCUUGCUAAAAUUAAUUAGGAGAGAGACUUGAAUUUGAACCAGCUAAUGUUUGGAAUUUUUGCACAUCUAAUUACCUGCAAAAUUCAGUUUUAUUGCUGUAUUAAAAUGAGUAAACUGCCACCAAUUAGGUAUCAUUGUGUUCUGUGCUUCUGAGGCAAUCAGAUUAAUACAUUUUAUGUAUUUUGUUUUCUGUUGGUGUAGAUCAUUUGUUAAUGUACAGGCAUUUUGCUUUCUGUUGGUGUAGAUCAUUUGUUAAUGUACAGAGCAUGACUCGAGAAAACAAUUAGUGGCUGUCCAGUCAAAACAUUUGCACCUUAUGGCUCCCAACUCUGACAUGCUUCUCUCUAAGCCCAGCCUUUGCUGUUAGUAUGAGUACUCCUGUAUUUAGCCAUCCCUUCCUUCUUGGCAGUGUCUUCUGGUCUGUAGAAUGCAUCCUUGUCCAUUUAGGAAUGACCUGAUACAGCCAGUUCUCACAUUUACAUUCUAGGUUCCCUAAGUGGAUAUCCAACAUCCUGUCACUUUAGACCAGCCUAGAAGGCUAUUUCUGUGGAUCUCCUGUUGCAUCUAGACUUGCCUCUUCAUGACAUAUCUACCCCUCACUAAAGGGCAUUAUCAACUGGAUUAGCUUUAGCCUUUACAUAUGUUAAGGAGGGCUGCUGUCGGGUCUUCUUUCUAGUCUGCAUCCAUUGGUCUGGCAUUAAGUCCAGUCCCAUGUUCUAAGCAUCUCAGGGAGUGUAACAAUUCUCGUCAGUGAGCUUGCCUCUUGGUAGUAGGUGUACUGAUGCUGUCCCUCCCCAAUACGUGGAACAAAAAACAGCAGGAAGCUUGCAUUUGCAGUAGCACUGUUGCUAGUAAAUACUGUAAUUUCUAAAAAUGGAUAGCAUAUCUUAAUUGUAUGGGACCAUGGGUCAGCAGAAUUUUUUUUCAAGGCAAUACCAAACUCUGCACAUACAAUCUUCUCUCCUUUUGCUGCUAAACUUGUUGGGAAAUACCUGUCUUAAUAUCUACAAGGAACAUUUAUUAAAGCAGUUUUGUAUAGCAUUCUUUUAAUGUAAAUUGAGCAAAAUCUGUACAUGUAUUUUUGUAUGUAGAUUGACAGUAUAUUCAGCCCAGUAGGUAGGUAACAUUUUGGUAAAUGUUUUUUUUCACAUUCUCUUAAUGUUUGGUGUAUGCAGAAAUUUUGUAAAUACAAGUAAGAUUGUGGACAGGUUGCUUUUGACAGUGGAGUAAAGAACAGAUCUGAAACUUGGAA